AUGACGACUCCGAAAACCAGAACUGUGGAAAAGUCCGAGGGAAAGAGAACCAGGGGUCAAGGUCAAAGCGGAAUAAAAGGAUGCUGUUGCAAGCGAUCGCAAUGUAUAAAAAAUUAUUGCGAUUGCUACCAAUCCAUGGCGAUUUGCACCAAACUCUGUCGCUGCAUUGGUUGCAGGAAUACGGAGGUUCGCAAGCUUGUUGACUCCAACUUUGGUGGAAAGAACUCCACUGCAGCGAAAAGACAAAAGGCGGCUGCGAUGAGCGCAAAGGCGGCUGCUGCUGCCGCCAAGGAGGGCAUCCAAGUGCCGAUGAAGGUACUGCAAGCUGGCGUACCGGUCGUUGGAUUUCCCGAAAAACUCCAAGCCGUACCCCUGCCCUUUGUCUUACCAGCUAGCCAACAGCCGACAGUUGUUCCCAUUAAAAUUGUUGUUCCUCCACCCAUAGCGAUUAGCUCCGCCGAGGUCAAGGUAAUAAAGGCUUCCGUAGAACCGAUUACCGAGACUCCUAGCAUUCCAGUGAAGCUGGAUAAUCGCAGGGAACGAAACCUUUUUGUCCAGCCAGUCAACUGUGCUCUGUUGGACUGCAUGAUCAUCCAGGCUAUGGAGGCCGAGGAAUUGGGAUUGAUGGAAAUCCAAGUAUGUCAACUUGUUCUCGUGGAAUUCAUGCGCGGCUAUAAGGAAAUCUUGGAGAAAAUCUGUGAAUAUAAUAAAGAUUUUUAUUGAA